AUGGACAUAGAGACCGACGGGCGAUUCGGCAACAAGCGAGUGCACCAUCGCCUCGGCCCGGGCUCCGGCGGCGCUCCGUCAUCUACCAACGGGAAGGUCUGCAACUACUGGCGCGCCGGGCGGUGCAACCGCUUCCCGUGCCCCUUCCUCCACAGCGAGCUCCCCGAGGCUGCGCCGCCCAAGCGCCCCACUGGACCCGGGGGGAACGUGUGGCGCAACCCCCACACCGGAGGAAGAGGCGGCUUCGGUCACAGUAGAUGGGGGAAGGGCCCCGGAGGCGGCAGCGGGAUUGCGAGCCACAAGCCGCCUGACAGGCCCUGCAAGUACUUUCUCGCCGGUACCGAAUGCAGCUAUGGCGAGAGGUGCCGCUAUCCGCACAGCUUCUGCAUAAGCGAUAGUAUCACGAUGCUUACCCGGCUUAAGGGCCACGAGAAGGGUGUUACAGGCAUUGCACUGCCCGCUGGGUCAGACAAGCUGUAUUCCGGAAGUAAGGAUGGAACUGUUCGCAUGUGGGAUUGCCAAACUGGCCAGUGUGCCGGUGUCAUCCCUGUGGGUCGUGAGGUUGGGUGUAUGAUCAUUGAAGGUCCGUGGUUAUUUGUUGGAAUGCCUGAUGCAGUGAAGGUUUGGAAUAUGCAAACAGCAGCGGAAAUGAGCCUUACCGGACCAACUGGGCAAGUCUAUGCACUCGCCGUUGCCAGUGAGUUACUCUUUGCUGCAACACAAGACGGGAGGAUUUUAGCAUGGAGAUUUAGUGCCGCAACUAACUGUUUUGAACCAGCUGCUUCUCUUGAUGGCCAUAAGCUUGCUGUUGUUUCAUUGAUAGUAGGAGGCAUGAGGCUUUAUUCUGCUUCAAUGGAUAAAACUAUCAGAGUAUGGAAUUUGGCAACAUUGCAGUGCAUACAGACUCUUUCUGAUCAUACCGAUGUUGUUAUGUCUGUGCUGUGCUGGGAUCAAUUUCUAUUAUCUUGCUCUUUGGAUCAAACAAUAAAAGUUUGGGCAGCUACAGAGAGUGGAAAUUUAGAAGUAACAUAUACGCACAAAGAAGAUCAGGGUGCGCUUGCCCUCAGUGGUAUGCCUGAUGCACAGUCAAAACCUGUGCUAUUGUGUUCAUUAAAUGACAACACUGUCCGCCUAUAUGAUUUGCCAUUGUUCAAUGAUAGAGGCAGACUAUUCUCCAAACAAGAAAUUAGGGCAAUACAAAUGGGUCCUGGUGGUUUAUUUUUUACCGGGGAUGGAAGUGGUGAGCUGAAGGCUUACAGGGAAGUUGGAUAUGAUCUUGUGAAGCUACUUAGGUUUCUUGAUAUGAAUGCUACUGGUAUCCGGAAGAUACUUAAGAAGUUCGAUAAGCGCUUUGGCUAUAAGUUUACAGAUUAUUACGUCUCUACCCGAGCAAACCAUCCUUAUUCUCAGCUUCAGCAGAUCUUCAAGCAAGUGGGAGUCGUGGCUGUUGUUGGUGCUUUGUCUCGCAACCUUGCUUAUCUACAAGAUCAUCAAGGAAGCUUAGCAAAUAUCUAUGAUUACCCAUCACUCAUCUUGAAGGAUCCCGUCAUAGAACAAAUAAAUCAUUCAGUACAGAGACUCACACACUCCACAAGCUUUCUGCAAUUUUUAGGGCAACAUGCACUUAUCGUUGCGGAGGGUAUGCAGAGUGGCUCAGAUCUCGGUGAUGACAAGGAUUACCAUUUCCUGUCACUGCUGCUAAACUUAGUAAACACGUUUCUGUACAUGGUUAACACAUACAUCAUCGUUCCAACUGCUGAUGACUAUUCAUUGCCCAAAUCUUCUCCUCAGUAUAUUUCAGUGCCUGGUCGAACAAAUCGUAGCAGCAUUAUGUUAUUUCUGGGGAACCUGUUGUAUGCUUUGGCAUAUGAUCUGAAUUCCCUAACUGUUCUUAUUGUUGGCCGACUACUGUGCGGCUUGGGUUCGGCCAGAGCCGUGAACCGCCGCUACAUCAGCGACUGUGUACCCCUGAAAACCAGGAUGCAGGCAUCUGCUGGGUUUGUCAGUGCUAGUGCUCUUGGAAUGGCAUGUGGUCCUGCUCUUGCCGGUCUGCUGCAGACGAAAUUUAAGAUCUAUGGGCUUACAUUCAAUCAGAACACCUUACCUGGGUGGGUCAUGUGUCUUGCUUGGCUUGCAUAUUUGUUCUGGUUGUGGAUUUCAUUCAAAGAGCCGGGCCACAUUGCUACAGAGAAUUCAGUCAGCACGCAGUCAUCUGAUUCUGGCCGUCGAGUAAGCGGUCAUUUGGAGGAUGGCCUCGGAGAGCCUUUGCUCAUUGAUGCAAAGACAGGGCAGGAUGACGAUGGCGAGGACAAUGACGACAACGAUGACGACCCCGAAGAAUCUCAUAGACCCGCGACAUCGCUUGCUGCAGCAUACAGAUUGCUGACACCAUCUGUGAAGGUUCAGCUACUGAUCUACUUUAUGCUCAAGUUCGCCAUGGAAAUUCUACUCUCGGAGUCAAGUGUUGUGACCACGUUCUAUUUUAAGUGGACAACUAGUACCGUGGCAAUCUUUCUAGUAGUUCUUGGCCUGACGGUUCUUCCAGUUAAUGUCAUCGUCGGGAGCUAUGUCACCAACUUGUUCCAGGACUGGCAAAUUCUGGUGGCCUCCGAGAUCAUGGUGUUGAUCGGCAUUGUCAUGAGCUUCUGCUUCACCCCUCACUACUCCGUCCCACAAUAUGUCACGUCAGCUCUCAUCACCUUCGUAUUCGCCGAGGUGCUCGAAGGAGUGAACCUGUCCCUCCUCUCUCGCGUGAUGUCGUCGAGGCUCUCCCGCGGGACCUACAACGGCGGGCUGCUCUCGACGGAGGCGGGAACGCUGGCCCGCGUUGCCGCCGACAUGACUAUCACGGCCGCCGGCUAUCUGGGGCAGAGCCGCCUCCUGAACGCCACCCUCCUGCCGUCCCUGGUGAUCUGCUUAGCCUCUAUCAUCGCGACGUUCUGCACUUACAACUCACUCUACUGA